AAUGAAAACAGCUAUAUGCAAACGUAUUCCACGCCGUACAAAAAGCGAAACAACAUGUUUUUCAGUCUAAUUUUUUCAACCGCAGUUUUACUGUCUUCCAUAGAAUGUGGAAAAUUUCGUUUUGCAAAUCAUUAUGCUGAUCACAUGGUAUUACAAAGAGCUCCAUAUCGAGCUGUGUUGUGGGGAUUUGGUGAAAAUAAUACUUUCGUUUCAAUUUCUAUAACAUAUCAAAAACAAAUUGAAGUGCUGCACACUGAAGUAAAGCUAGACUCGCGUGGACUUUAUACAUGGAAAGUAAUCUUGCCACCCUAUGAUGCUGGAGGACCAUACGAUAUCGAAGCUUUAUCUGUAGUUGAAAACCAGGCUGUCUCGAUUACUCUUCGUGAUGUGUUGUUUGGUGAUGUCUGGUUAUGUGGUGGACAGAGUAAUAUGGUAUUCACCGUUGGAAUGGCUAAUUCAGGAAAAGAGGAAAUUGAUAUGGCCGAACAGUAUCCGAAUAUCCGCUUAUUCACAGUAAAAAGGUAUUUUUCAAAUGUCACAGUUCCAGAACUUUCAAGAGAAAAUAUCUUACAACAGUGGAGUGUCGCAUCCAAUGCUUCUGUUGGAGGAGCUGCUUGGCAAUACUUUUCAGCAAUUUGCUGGAUGUAUGGUAGAAGACUGUAUGAUCUUUAUAAAAUUCCUAUUGGACUCAUCUCAUCAAAUUAUGGUGGAACUCGAGUUGAAGCAUGGUCAUCUCCUCAGACAUUAGCUGUUUGUGGAAUUUCCAAAAAUGAUCAGAACGCCCUAUCUGAAUUGUACAACGCCAUGAUAUAUCCAUUGAUGAACACAACUAUAUAUGGAGCGAUAUGGUAUCAAGGAGAACAUAACUGCAUCAAACCAAAUAUUCACAACUAUAACUGUACCUUUCCUGCUAUGAUCAGUGGUUGGAGGAAAGAAUGGUAUUCUGCUACACAUGGAAACACAAACCAACUAUUUCCUUUUGGUUUUGUUCAGUUGGCAUCAUUGGGAAGCGACGCUGAUCGGCCAGGUUUUCCUAUCAUAAGAUGGAAACAAACGGCAGAAUAUGGAUAUGUUCCAAACCCAAAACAGCCUAAAGUAUUUAUGGCUGUUGCCUUGGAUCUGCCUGACAAUAGCUCACCAUUUGGAAGCAUACAUCCACGCGACAAAACUGACGUUGCUGAUAGAUUAAUUCUCGGUGCACGAGAAAUUGCAUACAACGAAAAAACGUAUUGGACUGGACCAAUCGCUGAUAAGAUUAUAGUACCGAAAAUUUAUUCAGAAAGUGUCAAUGUCAGUGUCACGUACAAAAUGUCUUCUCUGCAGCCCAUGGGCAUUGAGGUUAGAAAUAAAACAGGUUUCCAGGUUGCAUUGGAUCAUUCAGAAACAUGGCAAGACGCAGUUAUCAUAAGCUAUGAAAUCGACAGACUGAUACUAUCUGUCAACUCAAUUUCAACAUCUGAAAUUACUGGUAUCAGAUACUUAUGGAGUUUAGAUCCAUGCUUGCUCAAGAAAUGUGCCGUAUAUGCCUAUGGGACAGAUUUGCCCAGCCCUCCCUUCGUGAAAUAUGCACCAUUUGAAUAAAAACAAUUAUCUACCUAUUGCAGCUGUACAUGAAUUUGUUUUCUUUGUCAAAUUUUUGUCUAACUUUGAUGUUUGAAAGAGUCUGUUUAUCAACAA